AUGAGUGGACCCAAACGGGUCAUUCUACGUCUAUCGGAAUCGGAUCUGAAUCCGGAUGAUGUCUAUGAACCAGUUCGGUUAUACCUCGAAAAACAUGGACACUCCUCAGACGAGCUUGCAACUGAACGUCAUUUUAUUCAUGUCCAGCCGCCUAACCCCCAUAUUCUCCAAAAUGACCCCAAAAUCCAUAUUGUUAUUGAUCUCGAGAAAGAUCAAUUUUCUGGACCUCUUGAUAGCAAUUUUCCACAUGAUCUGCACCGCAUCCGUCGCAAGGACGAUAAAUUGGAGAUUUAUGCUUAUCGUGAGGGCGCUUGGUUGGAAAAUUUCAAACGACAAAUUCGCCACUUCACAGAUGGAUGUUAUCCCUGGGGCAUGACCACCAUGGAUAGUCGUAAGCGCGAUGCCUCUUGA